AUGCCCACUUGCAAGUACACGGGUAGUGAAGACCCAUUAACUCAUGUGGAGAACUUCAAAAUCCAAAUGGACCUUCAAGGAAUCAGGGAUGACCUUAGGUGUCGAAUUUUCCCUGCAACCCUCACGGACACGGCGCAACAAUGGUUUACUAAACUACCCCCAGGAAGAAUUACUUCUUCGGAUGAGUUUGAGGGGUUAUUUUACACCCAAUUCUCUUCAGCCCGACAGAUACCAGCAGAGUUGGGUGACUUAGUCGCCAUCAAGCAGAAGCCCGAUGAGCCACUAAAAGACUACAUUCAACAUUUUAAGCAAGAGGCAACCAAAGUAAAAAAUCUAAGCGAUGAUGGCAAGCGGGCCGCCAUCAUGGGAGGCAUCCUUGUGGGAAAUCGGCUAUGGAAAGAUACAAGGCGGAAACCAACCCAUACUAUGAGAGACUUUCUUGAUAGAGCAGAUGAGUUUAUUAAAUUGGAAGAAGCCGAGCAAAACGCUCAAAACUUCAACCACACUAAGAAUAAAAAAAACGGAACAAGCUCAAAUAGUCAAAGCUCUCAAGGGGGUAACGCUAGGAAUGGCUCCAACAAUGGUAAGAGAGGGAAUAACAGUAAUGGCAGUAACAACAAUGAUAACAAAAGACUAAAGAAUACCCCCGAGCUAGCCAGGCGAGAUCCAAUUCCAAGGUUCACCACCUAUAGCCUGCUCUUGGACACAAGAGAAAAUAUCUACAAUGCAACUCACUCAGUGGUACCGUACCGCAAACCUUAUCCCAUGAGAAAGGACAUUAGCAAACGCGACAUGAACAAGUUUUGUCGAUUCCACAAUGACUACGGUCAUGACACUGAUGAGUGCAAUAAUCUGAAGGCGGAAACCAACCCAUACUAUGAGAGACUUCCUUGA